AUGGAGAACCUGGUUGCCUCGGGCAAAGCCCGUCUGUCGAAUUUCAAUAUCCUCAAGACAAAGCGGAUCCUCGAGGUUGCCAAGAUUGUUCCAGCUGUCAACCAAGUCGAGAUUCAUCCGUUCUUCCCACAGAAAGAGCUACACGAGUUCUCAGCCAAACAUGGAAUCCUCCUGAUGGCCCAUCAACCCCUCGGCGGUCGACCAGUGGGUGUGGUACGAGCCCAUCCAGACGAGCCCUAUCCGACUGAGGAUUCCACGGUAUGCACCUUACGCUCUGACCUGCAACUGGCAAGCGUGUGCCUUUCCUGGGCCGUCCAGCGCGGAAUCCCGGUAGUCCCAAAGUCGGUGCAGGAAGGACACAUGAAGCAAAAUUUGGAGCUGAAGCGAUUGCCGGAUGGCCUUUUCGACGAAGUAAACACCGUAUCCUCUCACCGUGGCCCGAUACGCUUCCUGGACCCCAGCCUGCACAUAGGGUUUGACAUCUUCGAUGAAGAGGUUGACCAGCCAACAAGCACGGAGAGAAAAGAUUUUAAGCAUGCGCCCUCAAUGCAAGCGCCGCUCGGGAUGAGGAUGCCGCACCCAACAAGACUCCGAUCCUCCGUUUCUAAACUUGACAGCAUCACUCCCAAUCUCCACAUUCUUGCUGAGCCCAAGCUCUAUGGAUUUCUGGCUGCCUCAAGCGGCAGAUGGAUCAGACCCUUCGCCGGGCUCCUGUCUCGAUCCGGGACGGACAAGUCCCUGCACAGAAACUUUACCCGUAUCGACACCGCAUCGUCCUCCCUCUCCAUUUCCGUCUCCUCGCUCGAUCCCGAUGACGAGAAAGGCCCCCUUGGCCUGACGACGCUUUACGAACCAGAGCCGCCCAGAGAGCCCCUUGUCGAUAUUGUCUUCAUCCACGGAUUAGGAGGAGGCAGCCGGAAAACAUGGUCCUACUCGUCCCAACCCCACCACUACUGGCCGCGAUCGUGGCUCCCCGCCGACAAUGACUUCCUCGACGUCCGCGUUCAUACAUUCGGUUACAAAGCGGAUUGGGGGGAGCGCCGGGACAGCAUUCUGGACAUCCACGACUUCGCCCAGUCAUUGCUGGGUGCGCUACGGAACCAUCCAGGUAUCCGCCGGUCCGGCACCCGCAUUAUCUUUGUCGGUCAUAGCAUGGGAGGAUGCGUGGCCAAAAAGGCAUACAUUCUCGCCCGUCAGGACCCAACGGCUGCCGAUCUCGCCGCUAGAGUGCAGUCAAUUUUCUUCCUAGCUACACCGCACCGCGGAUCGGAUAUGGCUUCCAUCCUCGAGAACAUGCUGGCCAUGGCUUGGGGAAAGAAGCCCUAUGUAACCGACCUGACACCUAACUCGUCGGCCUUGACGACAAUCAAUGAUGCCUUUCGUCACUUUGCGCCUGAGUUGCGCCUUUGGUCGUUCUACGAGACUUUGCCCACCAAGAGCGCAGGAACCAUGAGUCGAAUCGUUGUCGACCGACACUCGGCGACGCUGGGCUAUCACAACGAGGAAAUUGCCGGCUUGGAUGCCGACCACCGCCAUGUUUGCAAGUUCGACACGCCGGCUGAACCGAACUACAGGACGCUUCGAAAUGCCCUACUCACAGCCGUUGAUUUGAUUCGAGCAGCGGCCGGAACGGAGCAGGGACCUCGACUACCGGGUGACAAAGACGAUACUUCUUCUACGGUAACCUCUAAAACUCGGAUGUCGCCUGCUGAGGCUACCUCGCGUCUCCGCUCCUUUCUUGGAAUACGGAAGCCGGUCGAAAGCGACGUUGCCACGCUUCAUGUGCUCAAGCAGCCCGGCUCCUGUGAAUGGUUUACCUCGAAAACAUGCUUUGUCUCGUGGCGAGCUGGCACGGCGCCCGGGAUUCUCUGGCUCGUUGGGAGGCCUGCUGCGGGAAAAUCCGUUCUCUCGGCCCAUGUCAUUGAGCACCUGAGCGCCACGCAUGUGUACUGCAGCUACUUCAUUUGCAAGCACGGCAAGGCGGGUGAUUCGACACUGAGCGACUGUUUUCGCUCCUUGGCCUUCCAGAUGGCCAUGCAAGACGACGUGGUGAGAGAAGCGGUACUCCAGCUCGCUCAAGACGACUUCACGUGGGACAUAACCGACGAAAUCACAGUCUGGCGAAGGCUUUUCGCGGGCUGCAUCUUCAGAACACCAUCUUUGGCGCAACACUUCUGGGUCGUCGACGGAGUGGAUGAGUGCGUCAACUUCAACGCGCUUUUCGCACAGAGAUUGCUAGUUUCCCUCCCCAAAGAACUCAGACUGUUUGCCACGAGCCGCAACGUGGAAGAGAUUGAACGCGGCCUAGCUCCCCUGAUACCGAAUCGCGGCUAUUUGUACCUCUUGUCUGAUGAAGACACCGCCGAGGACAUACGGCUAUUCCUGACCACGGGCCUGAUGCAGCUGGGUCGACCAGAAACCCUCGAGGAUCGCGAACUCAUGUGCGAAAAGAUCAUACAAAAGUCGUCUGGCUCCUUUCUCUGGGCACGUCUUGUGUUCCAAGAGUUCGAGAAUGCGUGGACAAUGGAAGCUAUGAACGCUGUACUACGCGAAAUACCUCGAGGCCUCUCCGAGCUAUACUCCCGGAUGCUGGUUUUGGCAAAAUCUAUCUUGACUUGGGUUGUGCUCGCCUGCCGCCCCUUAACGGUGGAGGAGUUGCGGUGUGCGAACGCGACCAAGGUGAUUCCAGAUCUGUACAGAGUCCAGGUCAUACACGACACUGCGCGUGAAUUCCUGCUUACUGAGUCCUUCGGCCUGGCCAUCUCCAUUCAUAAGCAGCAAAAUCACACCCGACUAGCGUCGCUGCUCCUUCGAUAUCUCUCCGGCGAUGUCUUGAAACCGUUGCCGGCAACGUCACAACCAAUUUCCGGGCGUCUCAGAGGUUUCUCAAAGCUUGCUUACGCAGGCACCUUUUUCUCGGAGCAUCUCAUGGAUGACUUGGCCAACUUCCUCCUGGCCAACAACGUGCUCUCGUGGAUUGAGCGCAUUGCCAGAACUGGCGACCUCACGGCUAUAUCGCGGACGGCCAUAAAUUUGCGCGAGUACUAUGGGCGAAGAAUGAAGUACGUGCCGCCAACAGACAGAUCGAUGCAACUUGUCGACGGCUGGGUGACUGACCUUAUCCGCGUGGCCGCCAAAUUCCGGGCUGCGCUCCUUGACUGCCCUUCGUCCAUCCACUCACUGAUACCUCCCUUGUGUCCGUCUGAGUCAAUCAUCUCUCGAACAUUUGGUAGGAAUCCCCGCCCCUCCCCUGCCUCAUCCAACUUGCAUGUGGAAGGCCUGUUACCCGGGUCAUGGGACGACUGCCUGAUUCGAAUGGACUUCCAAAACGGCCAGACCACCGCACUCGGCUGCGGCGAUCGCUUCUUUGCCAUUGGGCUCUCGACAGGCCAAAUCUCUCUCUACGAUCCCACUUCACUCCAGGUUGUACGAAGGUGCGACCACCUGGAGCGCGUCAAUGUCUUGGAGUUCAGCCCUGAGGACUUGCUGCUUGCUUCUUGCGGUCCCAAACGCCUUGUCAUAUGGGAUAUCAAAUCUGGUACCAGUCUGCACGCAUUCUCUUUGUCUCUGGACGAGGUUCUCUGCGCCUUCAGGUCUUGCGAAUUGAUUAAAUGGAACCUUGGAACUGAGGAAACCGAGUCAAUCUCAUGGCUCGACGUCCGCAACUAUGGACCGUCUGAGGGCUACCCCCCCAUGUCCGAUAUUAUUCCUCCUGACCCACCAAGUCGCGUGAGCUUCAUGACGACCCCAGAUGGGGUUCUUCUUGCCGUCGGCUACCGCGUACAUCCGGUUCUCAUCUGGAACGCGCUCGACAUGCAGCUGCUCGGCACCUGUAAGCCCGACGUUCCGAACAACGGAAUCAACGCCAUGGCCUUCAAUCCAAAUCCGGAAAUACCAGCGCUGUUGGUGUCUUUCCAGGACGGCAGUCUCUGUGUCUUCAACUACUUGACCAUGGAAUUGCAAGUCAGCAAACCGGAUGUCUAUGCCAGUAGUGUCGCGUGUUCGUCUGACGGGCGCACGGUGGCCAUCGGCAGCCACGAGGGGGUCAUUGAGGUAUUUGAGUUCGACCAAGCACACAAUGGCGCUACUAUCACACUCACUAUCAUCUACCGGAGCAAUCACCCGUUAGAUGAAGCUAUCCGCAGGGUUGGCUUCGUCGCCGACGGGCUCCGUUUUGUCGACUUACGUGGCCGGCAGGGGCGGGUCUGGGCCCCAGCGGCGGUGUUUCAUACCGGCGUCGAUCCCAACAUCACAAGCCUACCAAUACUAUCGGCGAACGGCAACUUCGUCGUAGCUGGCAAAAGUAACGGGGAUGUGGUCCUGUUCUCCGCCGCUGAUGCCAAAGACAUCGGAGUCCUUUACCAACAUCCGCAUGGAGCAUCUGUUGUCAGCGUGGCCAUUGUCGAGUCUCGAAACCGGGUGAUAUCGGCUGACGACGGGUCUCGAAUUUUGGUGGUCGACUUGGAAGUGCCUUUGUCGCAAGUCACGGCGGCAUCGUGCCUAAGGAAACCGAUGAUUGUCCUAGAUCACCGCUUUGGGGGCGCUGCCGCGCGCGUGCUUGCUCAUCUCGCUGGAGAUCGCGUUCUUGUGAGCGGUCGCUACUCUGACGAGUUGUGGAAAAUCCCAUCGGGGGAGCUCGCGCCUGCAAUAAGUUCAUUCCCGCCACGUCCGGUAUCCCCCGCCCAAGGAGCUUCAACGUCGACUGAUGAUCGGACGAUGAGAGCUGGCCCACGAUCUGUCUUUCCACACCCCACCUGCCCAGAAUGGUUUGUAAUCGUUGUCCGGGAUGUCGCACGGAUCUACUCUUGGGACGACUUCACUGAGCUUACCUCGCCCGAAGGCAUUCGACUCCUGAAGGAGCCAAUUGAUGCCAAUCGCACGCCGUCAUCUCCACCCGUACCAAACAUUUCUUGGGAACACGCAACCACAACCUACCACGUCGGACACAAUUUCGUCGUCGAGCGCUUCCAGCCUUCACCAUCCGUCCCUCCACGAGUCUACCUUUGGCCGGCGACAGAGCUUGAUCCUUCUUCGCACAGUGUCAGCCCAGCUGUUCUACAGGUCCUCCGCGUGUCAGGGCCGUCGACACUCCUAAUCCUGGACUUCAAACUGUGGGUAUGCAGCGUCGAGCUACAGUCCAUCGCAUCAACUCCUAGAACACCGCCCUCAUCAGGAUCUAACUCCUCGCUUACGUCGUCUUCGCGAUGGAGCGCGCAGUCAUCGAAAGCGACGGCUCGAGAGCCAACAGCCCACGCCAGGCGACAUUUCUUUGCCUUGAGCGAGUGGCGGACGGGAAACGGAGAACUGCGGUGCGCUGUCGCGGUGAACCCACCGGUGCCGGGUCGGGGUGGCAGUAAGCCAAGUGAUCUAGUUGUGUUUGCCGCUGGGCCGAGGCUUGUGGUUGUGCAUGGCGGGUUGGGAUUCUCAGAGAGCGUGGUGGCUGCAGGUGCCAUGGAUGGGCGGGGCGCUGGACAGGAGCUGUGGAAAGUUGUGUCGGGGAGCAUGCAUCGGCGAUCGUCGAACUGGUAA